UAAAAAUUAUAAUAAAACAAAAAGAGAGCAGAGAAUGAGAGAAUAAGAGCAAAGUAAACAAAAGCCUCUCUUAGCUUUCCUCCUCCUCCUCUUUAAUUCUCUUUUUCCCUUUCUUUCUUGGCUCUGGUAUUCCCUUAGUGUGAUUCUCCACCAUAUUUCUAAAAGACCCAUCAAACUUUAUAAAAGAAAAAAAAGAUCAAAAACCAUGGUGUUCUCAUCUGUUCCGGUCUAUUUAGAUCCUCACAAUUGGCAGCAGCAACCAAAUCAUCAUCAUCAACAAGGAAGUCAUGACAGUGCUCAAAGCCCACAGCUUUUUCCACCACUGGUUCCACCACCAACCCAUCAUAUCGGCGCUGGAGCUUGCUCGAUUAGGCCUGGUUCGAUGGCUGAUCGAGCAAGGUUAGCCAAGUUACCACAGCCAGAGGUAGCUCUCAAGUGUCCACGGUGUGAAUCCACCAACACCAAGUUUUGCUACUUCAACAAUUACAGUCUUACUCAACCCCGUCACUUCUGCAAGACAUGUAGGCGUUACUGGACCAAAGGGGGUGCCCUUAGAAGUGUUCCAGUUGGUGGAGGUUGCCGUAGAAACAAGAAAAACAAAAGCAGUCGCACUAAAUCUCCUGCUAAUUCCACUGAGAGACAAACGGGUUGUUCCAACUCUAACAAUGCAAUUCCUGCUUGUUCCUCAGACCUAAGUGACAAUUUGCCACUUAAGCAACCUUUUCAAUUACCCUACCUUGCCUCUUUACAGAAUCAUACCCGGUAUGGUGUGGGAAAUCUUGCUGGCUUAAACUUCAAUGAUAUCCAAGCACAGACUGAUAUGGGGUAUCAGAUUGGAAAUAGUACUUCAGGUGGGAUUAGCAGCACAAUUUUACCAAGUGGAGGAGGAGUUGAUCAAUGGCGUUUGCAUCAAUUUCCUUUCUUGGGUGGCUUUGAUUCAUCCUCAGGUUUAUACUCAAUUCAAAGUGAUCAUGGUGUUGAAGCACCAUCUCCUUUGGUUGGAGAUAAUGAGCUUAGGACUAUGCCUAUGUCUUCAAGUUCUAGGGUUUCACAGCUCACAAAAAUGGAAGCAAGCCAAACCCAAAAUUUAUCUGGUCUCAACUGGGGAGGAAAUGCUUGGACAGAUAUAUCAGGUCUCAACUCUUCUUCCACUAGCCAACUUUUGUAAUCCAUGAUGAAAUGGAAGAAGCUGUAUAAGAUGUGAUGAAAUUGUAGAAGCUGAAUCGAGGAAACUCUCUCAUUAUGAUGCCCGAUCUGAGGAAGAACCAAAAAACAAAUGGUAGUAUCGGUAUUCAUUUACUUUUGUUAAUUUGUUUGUGUGUACCUUUUUUUGCUUUCUGUAUUGUAUGGACUUGUUUGCAGAAAUAUUGUGUGUGUGUAAGUUGAUGGGGUUUGUUAUAUAUAAGACUUUAUAUGAGCUUUAUUUC